CAGACACUCGCCCAACUCUUGCGGAAAAUUCUUCCCUCUUCCCAUCAUCUUCCAUUACUCAUAUUACACCGUUGGAGUUUAUGGGCUCUCUCUAAAGAUUUUCAACAUGGAGAAUCCCCAGAAGCUCUUAAAAUGGUACAACGAUAUCUACUCCCGUACUGUCGAUCUCGUGGGUGACUACGCAGGAAGCGAACUAUUCAUCAUUGAAGGAGAUUCGCUUCUCUUGCACUGCUUUACCGACGACCAGCAUGAUUUCUCGAAAGGAUUGCAGUUGCUUCAUGCUACCUACAUCGUGGAAAGAUUCCUCGCACAACUUCGUCAACGGAACUGCAAUAUUCACAUCGUCUUCUUUUCAGAACACUCGGACGUGUCGAUUCCCCCGCAUGCUGACAAGGCCUCCAAGCCAAGGUAUCGACUCGCUCGUGAAGCUAUCCUCCAGCAUCUUCUGCAAAAUGCUCCCAAGGCAGUCCCAUACAUGGAGGUGAAGUGCUUUGAGAAAUACGACAAGCAGGAUUUCGAGGAUUACCUUGCCGCAGAGGGUGUUUAUUUCAUGAUGUGUCACGACGGAGCAUUGAUUGAACCCAACCAGCAUCACAGAAUAUUAGCAAAGCCGGUCGGAAACCCUCACGGCCCGAGAAUGUCAUCGGAUGACGAUGACUCGGAUGGUGAUUUCGAUGUUGACGUUCCGUCGGCAACUUGGUCGACCAGUAUUGCUCUCAGAUCGAUGAUUCGUUGGUUUAUCGCCCAUAGAUUCAAUAUCUCAUUGCUGAACAGCGUGGAGUGUCGUGACACGAAGGUAUUCACAACCGUUUUAGAGGGUUCUGCAGAACGCGCUCAGAACCUUUAUCAAAUGGGGCCUGUCGAUGGAGAAAUAACAGAAGACCCAAAGCCAUCAGAAUCCAACGCCAAAGGAACACCAAAACCCGAUACCGAGACAGCCCAUGGCCAUACCGAAGCUCAUAUCUCUCAAAGCGCUACUCAUGCCAAUUCCUCUUCGACUGAGUUUAUGCUACAGAAGUUUCUCACCAUGACAGACACUACAUGCCACGCUAUCACCCAACGCGAAUGGGUGUCAGUACUCACAGCAAGUGUCAUGCUGAGCUCUGACUCUCCCGAGGAGAAAGACAUGGUGGCAAUAUGUGCCUUAAUCCUACACACAGUCAUUCUGGGCGAAUGCAAGCUCGGCAAUCGAGUCUACACCCCCACAGAUAAUUGCAAUGGUAAAUCCUUCCUGGUGCAGUAUGCUGAGAUAGCUUUGGUCAUUCUCAAGUCCCCGCUGUGGCAUGAGGGUGUCAGAACUCGAUCUAUCUGUUGCGACCUCGCAGACAUGAUAGACGAAAGUUUGUUCCUGACAAUGCUAGAGUUAUGUCGCACCUCAAAUCGAGGAUGUGAGUUCAGCCAGUCGGUAUUAGCCAGGUUUUCAGUGCUCACCACACUGGUGAAACGUCUUUGCGGAUCUGAGAUACCUGGCAGCGAAGUGAGCAAACAGGUAGACAAGAAAACGACAGGCGGGGACAGGCGGACGAAGAUGUCAAUAAAGCACUUGCCUAUUGAGCAGGGAAAACGUUCUAGUGCCGUCCUGCCUUUCGGCAACCCUGUCUUUGAUCCUCAUCUCAAGCCUAUUUCUCUCGUCGUCGACGAGGCCUCCACCGAGAAAAGCAAUCUUGUGACGUCGCGGACUUUCGAGGAAAUAAGUCACUGGCAUAACCAUAAGCGCCCACUUGAUAAACGAAAUGAGGCCCCAUUACCAGAAAAGCUCCUUCGCCGGAAUCAGUUCUUCAUGGCAGAGAUUACGAAGUAUGCUGCGAGUCUCACAAAUGCCGCUGGGGGUAUUUUGGAACCAGAGACAGUGUUCCUAAAAUCUGGGAAAUGUAUGGAUGGUCACCCGGCACGGGAGUCAAAUCAUCCAGUGACUGAAGCAGUUGGGAACCUGGAACUAAAAGCAAACUCCCCAAAGAAAGGCACCCGCAAAAAGACCAGUGCGCCAACGGUUAAACACCAAGCGGCGAUUCAGAUCCAAGAAAAGCGGCAGACUGCUGAUGCAAAGCAAUUGAGAGCUUGGGGCUAUAAGUGCCGAAGUCUGGAGCAAGAAAAUAACUUGAUCCGAAGGUAUCUAGAAGCACGUGAGUACCUUGUCGGCAUACCAAAGGAAAAGAAGUAUUUGGUGGAGGUCGACAUACUCGCUUACCUGGUAAGCACUCUGGUACAACUCUGGAAACAAAAGUGUGCGACCAAGGAGCACGACAAGUCUAUGCCGAUAGUGGCGCUCACAUGGUACACUAUCCUCCAAAUUUCAAAGGCGAAGCAAGGCAUUACCGACGAGAUUGCUCGCUGCAUACAAGAUACCAUAAAAGUGCUUAAUCUUCCAGCCCUCGACCUCCAUCCUAACGGCACAGGCAAGCUUUCAUUCGAGUUCACGCCGCUAGUAUCUCCCAACUUCAACCAUCAGGAAGACUUGUCUCCGGUAGAAUUUCAGCUUGUUCAUGCAGGGCCAUACUUUGACCGCAACAUGGACUCAGCGCCGGAUCCUCGUGUCCAUGAUUUUGAACCCGAUCGAUGGCAGCGAGAUAUUUUGGACCAAAUCGAUGCGAAGGCAAGUCUAUUCGUGGUCGCUCCGACUAGUGCGGGGAAAACAUUCAUCUCUUUCUACGCAAUGAAGCAGGUCCUCGAAGAUAGCAAUGAUGGUGUCUUGGUAUAUGUUGCGCCGACCAAAGCCCUUGUCAAUCAAAUCGCCGCUGAAGUCCAGGCAAGAUUUAGCAAGGCUGGGAAGUCUGUCUGGGCCAUUCACACGCGUGAUUACCGCAUCAACAACCCGACUGGCUGUCAAGUCUUGAUCACAGUCCCUCAUAUACUUCAGAUCAUGCUUCUUGCUCCAUCGAAUGCUAUGUCAUGGUCAUCUCGAAUCAAACGGAUAAUUUUUGAUGAGAUCCACUGCAUCGGCCAAGCGGAAGAUGGUGUCGUAUGGGAGCAAUUGCUUCUCCUUGCCCCAUGCCCUAUUAUUGCACUCUCUGCGACGGUUGGAAACCCGAAGGAAUUCAAUAACUGGCUCAGCUUGACUCAGAAGGAAAAUGGCUGUGACUUGAAGAUGAUUGAACAUAAGACGCGCUGGUCUGAUUUGAGGAAGUUCAAGUACAAUCCUCCGCAGGCUUUCCUCUUUAAGGGGCUACUUGAUGUCACCGAUAUGGCCGCACUCGGUCUCGAUGGUUGCCCGGACAUGUCGUUCAUACAUCCAGUCACAAGUCUCAUUAACCGAUCCAAAGGAAUCCCAGACGACUUAACCUUGGAGCCACGCGAUUGUUGGACACUUUGGAAGGCCAUGGACAAGUACAAAACGGAAAAGUAUCCGCUUGACCCAGAAUUAGAUCCUUCGAUUGCACUCCCAACCAUUAUCUCGAAGGCUAGCAUACUGAAGUGGGAGGCUCAGCUGAAAGUUGUGUUGAAAUAUUGGAUGAACAACCCGGACUCGCCAUUUGAUGCGGUUCUGCGGGAGCUUUCACCUGAGAAUCAGUCCGGCAACAGAACUAAUGUUCAGGUAUCAUCUGGCGUACUAGGCGAACCAGGAACACCCCGGGUAAUAAACAAGAACAGUCUUCUUGAUACGACCCUUCCCCUCAUUUGUUCCCUACAUGACCAGGACGCUCUUCCAGCGCUUUUCUUUAACUAUGAUCGGAGUUGGUGCGAAAAGUUAUGCCAACAUGUUCUGAAUGAAUUGCUAGAGUCUGAGGCCCAUUGGAAAGCUUCGAGUUCAGCUUGGGCACAAAAGAUAGCUGAGUGGGAAACCUGGAAAAAGGCGGAGGCCAAGCGUGCCAAGCAGAAACUGCCAACCAAGCAGGCGAAAAAAGGAGAGAGCAUGUCCAAAGAUGAGCAGAUGCGUGAGAAAGCUACCGAGGAGUCAAGCUGGCACGCAUCCUUUGACCCUGACGAGCCAGAUCCCAGAUUUUCCCUUGCCGACAGAAAGAAGCUAUUGCCUUCCGAAUUUGAGGCCUAUGCUGAUGAGCUCAAGAGACGUGAGACCCCCCAAUGGCUAGUCGAUGCCCUUAAGCGUGGAAUCGGUGUCCACCAUGCCGGUAUGAAUCGAAAGUACCGUCAGGUGUGCGAGAUGCUCUUCCGCAAGGGUUACCUACGCGUGGUCAUCGCUACAGGGACAUUGGCUCUGGGAAUCAACAUGCCUUGCAAGACUGUCGUCUUCUCUGGCGAUUCUGUCUUCCUGACAGCCCUUGGAUUCCGGCAAGCAGCCGGUCGAGCUGGACGCCGAGGCUUCGACUUUUUGGGCAACGUGGUUUUCCAAUGUGUCUCACAUUCCAAAGUUUGCCGUUUACUGAGCUCAAGGCUCCCGAGUCUGAAUGGUCAUUUCCCCAUUACAACGAGCUUGGUGCUACGACUCUUUAUUUUACUACAAAAAUCAGGACAGGCUCCAUUUGCUGUCAAAGCGAUCAAUUCGAUCCUGUCGUGUCCACGGAUCUAUCUCGGUGGCCCAGAGUCCAAGCAUACCGUCCUUCAUCAUCUGCGAUUUUCGAUCGAAUACCUUCGGCGGAACCAUCUCCUAGACACAAGUGGGUUUCCCCUCAACUUUGCAGGUACAGUGGCGCAUCUGUACUAUACCGAAAAUUCCAGCUUUGCAUUUCAUGCGCUCCUCAGUGACGGCUAUUUUCACCGAUUAUGCAAGGACAUCGACAGUAAACCCGGGGAUGUCGUUCUCAAGUUAAUGCUUGUGAUGUCUCACCUCUUUGGACGCCAAUACUUACGGCCUGCUAUAAUGGAAUGUCUUCGGGCGUUUGAGAAGAAGUCGGCCUCUGUCGUGGUCCUUCCAGGCCUGCCAAAGCAGGCUGCUAGAGUCCUCCGCUGCCACAAUAAGAAGACUCUCGAUAUCUACUCCGCCUAUGUUACCACCUUUGUUGAGCAGCAUGUCAAGGGUCCAGACUGCUUUCUCCCGCUCACAGGAAUCAAAUGCGGAGGCGAUAAGUCCCCGGAAGAAAUCAGCCGCUCGUUGCCCAUCACCCCUCCCACUCGAGUCACAUCUUCAUUCGUUGCACUGUCGGGGCAUAGAGAUGAAUGGCAGAGUAUCGAGGACCUCAGUCAAAAGGUCCGUAGCGGCGUCUGGCUGGAGCGGGCCGUGGUUCCUUAUGUUGGCCUUUUCCCCGAAGAGAGCCGGUUUGCACUAAACGCCUAUCUAUACGACUUCUUCAAGCAUGGCAAUGUGCGCGCUUUGGAAACGGGCAAUAUGAUCCGCAGAGGCGACAUUUGGUUUCUUCUGAAUGACUUUUCCCUUGUUCUUGCGACCAUUGUCACCAGCCUUGAGAACUUCCUCAAGCUGUCCCCUAACACAGAUCUGGAUUUGUUGGAUGUGGCCGGUAGUGGGGAUAACCACGAGCUCAGCUUGGAUGAUAAUGCUAUUGACGCAGACCAGUCAUCCCCAUCCCCGUCGCCAUCCUCCGGAAGAACCACAAAAUUAGCUGGUCGAACCUCGGCUACGGCUCAAUCCAAAGCCAAGACUCCGCUCGCUCAGGGCCCCAUCGCCAAAGCAAAGAAACCAAAAGUUGCAGACAGCUGGGAAGACGAGAUGAUGGAUGACAAUCCGAGCGAAAAUGUGGACAAUGUCCCCAAGGCACCCGAAAAGUCCACCACGAAUGCUAAACAGAAGCAAGGAAAGGGGACGAGUAGCAUUGCGCCCACCCAGCAGAGCAGUGACUCUUUCAGCGAUUUCAACGAGAAGGAAUUUUUGCAAGUCGUCAAAGCCUUUAGAAUGCUCCAGGCCGAAUUUAAUGAAAAAUUCAAGGCCAUGUGGGCAUAAUAGACCGGAUUUUUGAUACUUUUGGAUAGAGAUUGGGCCGAUCUUGGAUGGACGUGUUGUCAGAUUGGCUUUCGCUGAAUUUCUAUAUUUGCAGACAUUGCUUGUUGCUUGUUGCUUGUUGUAUUGUUGGAUAUUUAACGGUGAAUGAAAUACAGAAUGUGAUUUACUUCCCUGACGCAACUCUUGGAAGCGAGCGUUGUCUUGGGCAGAAGGCCGAUGCCGCGACUCGCACUCAGGGCAAUGCUCUUGCUAGUUAUCCUGCCUGCCUUUUGAAAUAGAAGGAGCUUUGUGUAUCCUGAUGGAAGCUUCUACAUUGAGAAUC